AUGGCAGGUUCUACCACCCAAGACGCAGCGCAGAUUUCCAUAACGUCGAGUCCUAAGCCAGGCGCAUCCCUCCGCGAGAACAUUAGUGUUGAAUCUGAAUCUGGAAAUGCCACCAAUGCUUCCUCUCAACUCCUGUGGAGCAGGAUUAGGGGUCACUGCCGGGAAGCCUUCUCUGAGUUCUUUGGCACUAUGAUUCUGGUUCUCUUUGGUGAUGGCGUUGUCGCUCAAGUCACACUCAGCCAUGGUGAGAAGGGCAACUAUCAAUCUAUCUCCUGGGGCUGGGGUCUUGGAGUCAUGCUAGGAGUCUACGUCAGCGGUGCCUCAGGGUCGCACAUCAACCCCGCCGUCACAUUAGCCAGCUGCGUCCUGCGCAAAUUUCCCUGGCGCAAGUGGCCCAUCUACGCCGCCGCUCAGGUCCUCGGCGCCAUGUGCGCAGCGGCCAUCAUCUAUGGGAAUUACAAGUCAGCCAUCGACGUCUACGAGGGCGGUUCGAACAUCCGAACUGUGCCAGGCUAUUCGGACACCGCCACGGCAGGCAUCUUUUGCACCUAUCCUGCCCCCUUCCUGACGCGGACAGGCCAGUUCUUCUCCGAGUUCAUUGCGAGCGCCAUUCUCAUGUUCAUGAUCUUCGCGCUGAAGGACGACGCCAAUCUCGGGGCUGGCCCCUUGUUUCCGCUUGGGCUCUUCUUCGUUAUCUUUGGCAUCGGUGCCUGCUUUGGCUGGGAGACUGGGUAUGCGAUUAACCUGGCUCGAGACUUCGGUCCGAGGCUAGUUACCUACAUGGUUGGGUAUGGGCCGGAGGUGUGGAAGGCGGGUAAUUAUUAUUUCUGGGUCCCAAUGGUCGCCCCUUUCCUCGGUUGCACCUUUGGCGGCUGGAUUUACGAUAUGUUCCUCUAUACAGGAGAUGACAGCCCCGUCAACACUCCAUUCAUCGGACUACGGCGGCUAGUCCGACCAUUAGGUCGAAAGCAAGAUGGUGUGCAGAGCCACGUCUAG